AUGUCACAUUUAACGAUCAAAGAAAAGAGAGAAGAAAUACGCAGAGAACAAAAGAGAAAAUGGAAACAAAAACAAAAAUUAUUGAGACCAGCAAAAGAGUUGUCUCAAUCUACAGCGGCUGUAAAGAAGAGGCAGCAAAGAAAGAGGCUUGCUCGGAAAAAAGAGGAAGAAAGUGAAAAAAGACAACAAGCUGCAGAGAGAAAGCAGAAAAGUAGGACAGCCCUUAAGAGUAAACAGAUUCAAGAAAAAUCAAAGAAGGAAGAAAGACGCAGGAAAAACACAGAGAAACAAAGACGAUGGCGAGAAAAGAAAAAAAAUACUCACACAACACAAUCUCCCGCUCACACAAGAGGAACAACAAAUAUAUCAAAUAAAAUGAGUAAAUCCCGAGCAAUAAGAAGGUUAAAGGAAGCACUUCCCAGGACACCUGUAAAACGAAUUGCAACAGUAAAGGCGUACUUGUCCACAAAGAAAUCACCCACAGUAAAGGAACUACAGCGUAGAAAGGUUGUACCAUCACCGGAAGAACGCAAAGAAUUGGAAAUGAAUGAAUCUGUUAUACAGGAUGUGAAAUCGUUCUUGAAUUCGGUGAAAUUUAAGCGGAGCGAUAAGUCGCGGGAAGCCGUGGACAUUUUAGCUGCAUCUGUAUCAGGACCAUUAGUUAAAAGAUCAAGGGCCAAAGUUGACCUUGCGAGAAACUCGGAAUGCCUGUUAGAAGGAUCUCAAAGGGUGUUCGAAUCCGACAACGAGUUCUGCAUUCUGAAGAAUCAUCCUUUGAGUUUACAAAAAGGAAAACAAGGUCAGAUAAACUAA